UUUUUAUCAGAGGAAAUAAGAAUUUGUAGAAACUUUUACUGUUUAGAAUGCUUUUCAGUCAAAAUCAAUCGCUCUAGGUUUAGUUUUGUAGGAUUGUUUUGCAGUUCUCAUUGAACUCAGAACUUGAGAAGUUUUAGUGUGAACCAGCAGCUGCCAGCAAACAUUGUUGAUUUCCUGUCACAUUCUCCAAAGUCUUAAACGUUUAACUCACGCCCUCCCACGGUCACUCCACAUACCUGGAUUACUGUUUAUCCAUUUGGAUUAUAAGAUAUCCACAGCACACUGCCUUUGGACUAUUUCACCCAGCGGUGCCAAGGAUUUCUUGUAGUUUCGGAUUCUGUUAGGGACUGCUUGUAUUCACUUGUCCACUUUUUUUCUCUCCUGUGUCAAGCCUAAAAGGCUUCCUGUCUAACCAUUAGACCUGGCAAAGAUGGCUUCAGCGAACGAUUCCAAGUGGCAGAAGGAUGCCGCCGACCAGAACUUCGACUACAUGUUCAAGCUCCUCAUCAUCGGCAACAGUAGUGUCGGCAAGACGUCUUUCUUGUUCCGCUACGCUGACGACUCCUUCACGUCGGCCUUUGUCAGUACGGUGGGCAUCGACUUCAAGGUCAAGACCGUUUUCAGGCAGGACAAGAGGGUCAAGCUACAGAUAUGGGACACAGCGGGCCAAGAACGAUAUCGAACCAUCACCACUGCCUACUACAGAGGCGCCAUGGGGUUUUUGUUAAUGUACGACAUCACUAACGAGGAGUCGUUCAACGCCGUUCAAGAUUGGUGCACACAGAUCAAGACCUACUCCUGGGACAACGCCCAGGUAGUUCUGGUCGGCAACAAGUGUGACCUCGAGGACGAGAGGGUCGUGUCCACUGAGAGAGGGAAGCAGUUAGCUGACCAGUUAGGCUUAGAGUUUUUUGAAACCUCAGCCAAAGAAAAUAUCAAUGUCAAGGCCGUCUUUGAACGCUUGGUGGACAUCAUCUGUGACAAAAUGUCUGAAAGUCUAGAUGCUGACCCCACCAUGGUCAACAACACAACCAAGUCCACAAGGCUGACAGAGAACCCCAACCUGAACAACAGUAACUGUUCCUGCUGAUCUUAACCCCUGCAUAGAACUCAAUGGGAGAGUGCUUCUCAAAGGGUUUAAACAACACCCAGUAUAGUUUCAAUUGCUGGUGUUAUGUAUAAUAUUUUUUUUUUGUUAAGACAAAAAAACAAUACUUAUUCUUUACAUUUUUUUUUACCUUGCCAAAUACCACCCCUUGGCAUCAGGAAAAAAAAUACUUUUAUUUUAAACUAUUUUAUAAAAUGAUUGCUGUCUUAGAAAUGUGUAUAGAAUGUACAUCUGCUGGUGGUAAUCUGUCUCUAAGGUCAAGUGGUAGACAUGGCUGUAUGACUGUGUGUUCAGGUUUCGCUUUUUGUUUUUAAUCUACCUCUUUUAGUUCAGCUCCUUAUCUCUGAUUUAGGUAACUCUUUUGGACUGGAAAUUAUAAAAGGUAGAUACAAGAAGUCUAUUUUUUCUAUGGUUGCAAAACAGAUUUUUAAAAUAGUUUCUCAGGAUCAGAAACCACAUAUACUAAAACAACUUAUUGUUCAAUUUUUUUGCUCAACUGAAAAUCCCCUCGGUGUCAUCUAAACAUUUAAUUUUAUUUUACCAUUCCUCUUCUGCAGUAACAAAAUUUUCCCCAAGUUUGUUUUAGUUCUUUUACUUUUUGUCUACACAGGAAAAGUAAAAUUUUAAUUUAAAAAAACUAUCAGAUAAGAUUUAAUAAAUUUUAUUUGCUUAUUUGAUUUUUUUUAAAAAGAUUUUAAAUUUAUAUCUAUUUAAUUCUUCAGGAAGAUUUGUAAAAAAAAAAAUAUAUUUACACUAUCUACUAGAUUGUGGAAACUUUUGAUGCAAUAUUAAAUAUUAUACACACACUUCAUUAGAUUUUUGUUCUAAAAUCUGCUUGAAAUUUAUUUUUAUUGCUAUGUUAAAUGUUUAUUUUAUUUAGUUUUUGAAUUUGUUUAUAAUUUAUAAAAAUUUGUGUUGUGACUGAAUUAAUACAAUUAAAAAUUUAAUUAUUAAUUUUGUUCUGGUGAAACUAGAGUAUUAUUCAAUAUAAAGCUCAUCUUGGGAUGUUUUACUGAUGUACAUGACAUCUAUUUGGCUGCACAACUGACCGUUUGUAUCUAUUCUCAGUGUGGUUGUUUUCUUAAUAAUUUAUUUUGGAUUUCAUUCCGUUUUAAUCCAGAAUUUGUAAAUAAUUUACUUUUAUUCAUUUGCGUUGUGAGGGAGCUGCUUAUACAUGACAUUCCUUUUUUUUAAAUUUAUAUAUUUUCUGCUUGUUUGGUUGUUUUUUUUCUGCAUUCCAUGUUUUUACUAUUGUUCCAGAGAUUUUAAAUUUUCACUGACAUUUUUUUAAAAGUACCCUUGAGGGCAGAACGGCAAUGAAUUUUUUGUGUCCAUUUUCUAAUUUUUGACAUUCCUGGAAGUCAAUCUUGCACCUGAUUUAAUGAGUCAUUCAUAUUUUAGUUUAAAUACAUUUUAAUUCUAUUUUAUAUUUGUUUGUAAAGUUUAAUGGGAAGGAACAGAUUUUUAAAAAUAUUUUUUCUUUGUUUCAGUCACAUGUCUGAACUUUUUUUUAUUUACCAGUUUUUUUUUUUUUAAAUUUAUAACUUUUAAUGCUGUACUUUUUUCUAUAUUAAAUUUUUCAUUAUUGUAUAGUUUUCUGUAAUAAAACAACACUCUACACUGUAAGUCCUACCAACCAAACAGCUUGACUGGCAUUUUAUUUGUUUUGGGGAAAAAAAAAUCUAGCCUCCACAUUCAGAAAGAUCUAACAGUUGAUCAGUUGAUCUGAUAUGAACCACAUUUCUUAACAUUAUUUCUAUAAAAAUUUUCUCCUAUCUUUAAUAUAUUUUUAAUGUAAUUUUCCUCCAUUGCAUUUCUAUAAAAAUUGAGAUACCUUUUAUUUUCAUGCUCAUUAAAACGUAAAAAGAUUUUGGUUGAAAUUAAUAUUAUUCUAAAAACAAUUCCAUGAAGUAUUUAUAUUUUAAAAUUUUAACACAACUCAAAUAAAAAAUAAUUCCAUUAAUUUAGUUUAUUUAUCAAAGGGAAGUCAUUCUAAUUCACAACAUUGCAGCAUGAAACUAACAGGUUUUUCAGACUCUCCAUUACUGUAAAACCACUAAUGGCUCAUCAAAGUUUUGUGAUAGGAUACCCUUUGCAUUUACUUGUACCAUAGACUUCUAUCCAAGAUUCUGUUUGUUGUUUUCCUUAUGCCCCUUUUAUUUGUGGUCAACUGAUUUCAACUUUGUUUGUUGCGAGCCCUAUGACGCUAAAGAUUGUGGUCCCUAAUAAGUAAUUAACAUCAUUUUCUCUGCUCUCUUGUAUGGGCAUUUUCUCUUCUGAAAACUGAUCAUCAAGAAAGUAAUAACCUUCGCAUUUACUUUAUGUGCAGCUGAAAAUAAAUAAAGUUUCAAAUUUUAUUUUAAAAGAUUUACACUAUUUUAUUCUUUUGUUGGAAUUUUUUUUAAUAAGGAAGUUAAUAUAAAAUUAAACAUUUAUUUCAUGUGAAAUACAAGAAAUGUAGAUAAACUUUAAAACAUAUUUAGCUAUCUUCAUUCAUUUCUGCUCUUAUAAAAUUUUACUAUUCAUAUAUUUUCUGGCAAGCUACUCACAAUUUCAGCCUGGAUAAUUUUUAUAACUGUUUUCUCGUUGCUCCUGUACGUCAACUCAAAGAACCAUAAUAGUCUCCUAUCAUAAUAAAAUGACAUUGUGCCAUUGUCCUUGGAGGCUGCAAGGUCCCAGCAGAGGUUGGGUGCUGUAGACAGUCUGUAGAAGGUUUUCUGUUUGCUGCUUUGGACUACUUACAUGUGGACUUUUAUCACUUGUUCAGUUCUUCAGGACAUAGUAGCUUGCCACUGAUGCUUUGAAGUGUGAUUGGAAUCUAUGAUUGGAAUGUGUGAUUGGGAUCUAUGAUUAGAGUGAGUGAUUGGAAUAUAUGAUUGGAGUGUGUGAUUGGAAUAUAUGAUUGGAGUGUGUGAUUGGAAUAUAUCACUUGAAUGUAUCAUUGGAAUGUGCGAUUCGAAUGUAUGAAUGGAGUUUGUGUGAUUAUGGUGUAUAAUUUUUGACUUAUAUUGAAUAAGAUAUAAUGAUAGGUGGCAAAUAUUACUUGAAAGUUCUGAUACAUGCAAGGAUUGUGCUAUGAUUUUAAGAAAUAAAUUUUGAUUGACAGUGAAGAUGAAUGAAAUUUGCCUGUUUAAUUGUUGGUAAACGUGCACCAAGGAUACUGUGUAAUUACAACUUACUCAUUUUUUUCAUUUUGUUAGACUUAUGAAACGGAAGAGCAAACAAAUUUAUCCCCCACUUGACUUUAGAAAUUCACACCUUUUCAAAGUUCUCAUGUAGAGUUAUUAUCAUAUAUUAUUUUAAAAUGAGUAAAUCAUUUUGGUCAUGUCUUCUCUGGCUUGUAAAAAUCUUCAGUAAAUUUUAACCAUGACAUUCUAACUUUUGCUGUUGUUAAAAAUAUAUUCAGAGUCAUUGUAUGGCUUAACAUCUUGGGUUCUUAUUUAUAAUUUUCAGCUGUGUAUAUUUUCUCUUAAAAAUCAUUAUAGACAAUGUUUGAAUACUUUGUUUUAUUUUUUUUUUGUCUUGAAGAAUAUAGUAUGAUAUAUACAACUAGUCAGGAUGCCUCAGCGUGUGAAUCUGAUGUAUAAAGUUGUUUGAUUGGUUGCUUGUUGUUUGGUUGGUGUUUUUCAUGAAACUGUUGUUAUGUGAAAAGAAAAAAAAAAUUAGUAAUUACUACAAAAAAAAAACCAAUUCUGUGAUUGUUAAUCAUAGGUUGCAAAUGUUUUUUCAUCCAAAUUUUUUUUAAUUCAUGAUCAUAUUCAAAUGAAAUAUUGUUCAUUACUGGACUAAAUACGCUCGCAAAUCAGGCUGUGAAAUCUGUAUUAUAACUAUUACUAUUAUAUAUUAUAUGACUUGUUGUUUAUUUUCUUCUUAUCUAUCUCUAUAAAUAUUUACAUGUGCUAAUUACUCUAGGUGUGGUUAUUCUUUAAUUUCCCCCCCCCCCCCCACCCAUACCCACCCAUUAUGAUCUUUACUUUAUUGUACAUUUUCAUUUGCAUCAGAAUAUUAUUCCAUAAAAGAUUUUUCAUUCAUGUCCUUUCUGUAAUUGUUAGUUGAUUGGUAGACAUUAAAACAAGUAGGGAAAAAUUAUGUGGAAUAAUAUUUGAAAAUCUGUGGAGCUAUGAGCAGAUUAAGAUUUUAUUUUAACCAAAAAAAACUUUUUUUUUUUCAUAAAAAAUUUACAGAUAUGGCCUGAUUUUUGUGUAUUUAUUGAAUUUUUAUUUCAAAUCACAUCUGACUUAAUUUUUGCAUCAAUUUUUUGGAAAACAUUUGCAAAACUUAUGUGCAGAAUUCUAUGUAGGUCAACUUUUUCCCCAUAUGUACACACAGUUGAAUUGAAACAUAGAUCAGUUGUUUUAAAAGUAACGCUGCAUUAUGGCACUUUGAUCUGUUUUGGUUCUAAACUUUAUGUACAAAGUUUCAUUUGUGCUCACUGUGUCUAUCUACUUUCCCAUUUUAAAAAAAAUCUUUUUGAACUUUGAUUGUGUAUGAUGAAUUGUCUUGUAUAAAAAGCUCAUAGUUUAUAAAAAUUAAACAGAUACCGGUACAACUGUUUCUUUUUUAAAUUGGUUUUUCCUUAUGAGAUGUCAACAUUCUCUUCGACAGCAUAAUUGAUAAAGUUGUCAAAUUUGUGUAGUGGUCACCUUGGUCCAGCUGCUUGUUAGUUGUUUCAUGUUUUUUCUGUCAUCUGCUUUUUGUCAAUAUUUAUUCUAUUCUGUACUCAGCUGAUCCCUAGUAUUCUCCUUUGAGAAAAGUUUACAUUUCCACCUUUGUAAAACUCAUUCCAUUUAGCUUAAUGGUUAGUUUCUUGAUUUCUCAAGUAGUCCGUGUUGUUUCCCCUGAUGCCGCCAUGUUUGUGUGGGUGUAUGCUGGGUAUGACUGCAUGUAUCUACUAUAAUCUAAUCAGAUUUCUAUUUCUUGUCUUUUAUUCCUUAUGUUCUAAGAAAAUCUAGUCAACAACAGAGAAUAAUACUGUUUAAAUGUUCUUUCAGUAAAAAUAUACAUAUAAAUAUUCAUCACUUUUAUUUGUGGAUUUAAAAGAAAAGUUAGCCAAUUUUAUAACCAAAACUUGUUUGAAGAAGUGCUACCAGGUUUGUGAAGCUUGAUGCUUGUCAUUUUCUGAGGAUUGUUGGACUAGUGCAAUAACUCAUUAUACAAGAUGGCUGCCAUUACCAGGUUCUGUUCCUCAGUGUAUUUGGCCUGUAAAUUGUCAUAAUUCUCAGUGUAUUUGGUCUGUAAAUUGUCCUAAUUCUCAGUGUAUUUGGUCUGUAAAUUGUCAUAAUUCUCAGUGUAUUUGGCCUGUAAAUUGUCAUAUUUCUCAGUGUAUUUGGUCUGUAAAUUGUCAUAUUUCUCAGUGUAUUUGGUCUGUAAAUUGUCAUAUUUCUCAGUGUAUUUGGUCUGUAAAUUGUCAUAUUUCUCAGUGUAUUUGACCUGUAAAUUGUUAUAUUUCUUAGUGUAUUUGGUUUCAAUAUUGUCAUGUUCAAUUCAGUGAGAAGACAUUGGUUGCAGAUUAAAAAAAAACAUUCUUUAACUAUGUUGAUGAUUGUUCAGUAAACCACUGGUCAGAUUUUCUGAGAUUUUCUAGAAUAUUGGAACAAGCUGGACAUAAUUGUGCAAUUUGUUUUCAAGCAAUUUCAUGUCUAAGUUGUCCAUGAAUUGGUCUGCGCACUUCAUAAUCUGCAUACAUGUACGUGUACCCACUCUGAUGUUUCGUAUACAUUCCUCAUUUUAUUUUUCUGGCUCCUAGUUAUUUUUUUCAUUGUUUGAAAACAAGAAACUGACUGGUUUUGUUAGUUUUUGUUGUGUAAACUUUCUGUAACAUUGAAUGUUAGCAUGAAUUUUGCGAUAAUAUUUGAACAUUGAAUUUCUAAGAGAUAAAUUAUUUUUGUUGCUUUAGUUGAUCUGCUUACUUAAAUACUUAAGAAAAACUUUUCUGAUAAGUAUGUUAAAAAUAAAUCGCAAUUAACUUUAAGUUAGGCUCUGCUGGUCCGUCUGAAGACAGUAAUAGUCACAUGACAUUAAAUGCUCAAUGUUGUUGACUGUAGUGACUACCUGUGCCACAAGCUGUUUUCUUAGUGAGACUUUAAAAUUAAUAAAAAUUGUCAUGGUUGUAUUGAUUCAAAUGGAGUACCAGAUCUGUACACACUUUUUCACUGGUACUCAUUUUUAAAAAUCACUGAUCAUCAUAGAUAUAGAUCUCUUUACGAAAAUAAUUUUUGAAAAAUCUGACAAUUGUGAUUAAACAAAAAUAUUCAAAUAACCUACCUAAACUUUUUCUAAAGUGUCCAGAAGUUCAAACUUCCUAUUUAAAAAAAAAACAAACAACAUAUAUCUGUCUAUGUUAACUUCAUGUUUUUUAAAUAUAUGUAAAUGAAGACGCUGUGACUAAAACAGCUGGGAGAAUGACAAUAGUGUUACAGUGUUUACUUGUACUUCACUAGUGAAUUUUUUCUUCAUUCAUUGUACCCAUGUCACUUGGAUGUGUGAGUGUGGAGUGACCUCCCUUGUACAACCUCCUGUUCCCAUUUUCUGGCCAGAUUUAGCAGGUUCUUCUUUAAGAAUCACACACUGGUAUUUCAAUACUUUUCACUUUUUUUUUAAAAUCACAAACAUGUACAUUGGAAAAAAAAAAUUGUUUUUACUUUUGAAAUAUGGGUAUGCUUUAUUAACAGACUUCAACAUUUUUAAUCACAAACUUGCAAGGGGUAAAAAUGUAACUAUCACUCUUAAUUUAAAAAAAAAAAAAGUUAAAGCACCACUAAAGCUAACAUCUUAAAUAAAUAGUGUACCAUACCAUUACACCAGAUUUUUUUUUAAACAAACCCAUAUUAUAGAACUUAAUUUUUUUACCACACAAAAUUGUUACAUUUUUGCUUCUGUCAACAGCUGAAAACCAUUUUACAAUACAACUACAAGAAAAGUUGUUUCCCCUUAAGUUAAUUUAUGCGUUUUUGUCACCCUUGGAAAACAAGUCAUUUUUUUCCCUGUGACUUGCUGAGAUCUAGACUUAGUCUGUUCAUCGCUGUUUGUUCCUAGUUAGUCUUGAGCUCCUCGCUAGGUCAGAGAGCUGCAUACAUUUGACUUGUACGUAGAUGAAAAUAAAAGUACUGAUACCAUA